AUGAGUACGAAAUUCAUAAUUGAUAGUAUGCUACCUGCUAAGUACCAACAAUUUCACCCUCAACAGUUGUUCUCAAGCGCGACUCCAGGUACCAUUCAGGCGUGCACGACGAGUCCGGCCACCGCGAGCUUAGAAUCAAGUUUAUCCGCGGCUGCAGUCGCGGCCGCGGCAGUCAAUUACGCACAGCAGCACAAUUCACCGAGCCCGACAGGUUCGAGUCCUCAACACUCGGGAAGCUCUGCUUCAACAUCACCGGCGGCACGUACCACAUCCAGUAUGUAUCCGUACGUGUCCGCUGCAGCGGCGCAUCAUCAUCAUCAGCAGCAGCAAGCGGUCGCGGCCGCCGCAUUCGGUGCGACGUCAAGUAUGGUCCCCGGUUUCGGCUCCACCGCGGCAUCCAGCGCUGCUCUCGCCGCCGCCGCUGCCGUCGACGCCGCGACCGCCGGCGACAAAUCCUGCCGUUAUACAGCUAGUCUGACCGGCAAUGUAGCACCUGCAUCCGCCGACCCUAUGGUUAACUAUACUCUAGGCCACCAUCAUCAGAACGGCGCUACGCCUGGUAGCCUCGUCUCAUCCGCGUCCGCAUCCUCCGCCGUCUCUGCCGCCUCCGCCUCCAUGGCUGCGGCGGCACAGUUCUACCAUCAGGCGGCCGCCGCAUCGGCUGUUGUCGAUCCUUUGACGUCCUGCCAACAACCUACCACAGGUCAACCUGGGAUCUCGGAUAUACCUCGGUAUCCAUGGAUGUCUAUUACCGAUUGGAUGAGUCCAUUUGACAGAGUGGUUUGCGGUCCGAAUGGCUGUCCGAGGCGCAGAGGUCGGCAAACAUACACGCGGUUCCAAACAUUGGAAUUAGAAAAAGAAUUUCACUUUAAUCACUAUCUGACGCGACGACGACGAAUAGAGAUCGCGCAUGCACUCUGCCUGACGGAACGACAGAUCAAGAUCUGGUUCCAGAAUCGACGAAUGAAACUGAAAAAGGAGUUGAGGGCAGUCAAAGAGAUCAACGAACAAGCCAGACGCGAGCGUGAGGAGCAAGAUAUGAUGAAAAAACAGCAGGCGGAGAAACAGGCCAAGUUACAGCAGGAGCAGCAGAGCGCCGCUCUUCAGCAUCAGCAGCAGCAUCACGUAAGCGGCCUGGAAAAAACGCAAAGCGAUCUUCUGAAAGCAGUCAGUAAGGUACCCACAUAG